AUGACGGCGGCAGCGUCGACAGCGCGGGUAUCGCUCGACGAGCCUGGAACGUCUUCACAGCCGAAUGGCAAAUCGAUACCAACACACACCGACACAGAUGAUGGCAAUGAGGAUGACGCAGGGUGGCGCGAUCUUUCGGGGAUGUCGGAGGACGAGGUGCGGGAGGAGCUCAGCAGGGUGCGCGAGGAGCGCGACACCUUCGAGACGCAGUACCGCUCGCUGCUAUCCAAGCUCACCACGAUGCGCGCUACACUGGGCGACCGGCUUCGGCAAGACGCCGAGGAGCUUGACCGGCGCGAAACGCAGAUCGAGUCGCUGACGGCCAAGGUGUCUUCGCUCGAAUCCUCAACUGCGACGUUGAGGGAUGAGCUGGUUGCGUCGCACGACGAGACGGAACGGCUGACCAAGCAGGUAGACACACUGCGUGCAUCGCUUGCAGCGACCGAGAGCGACAGGGCGACGAGGUCGAGUAGCGAUGCGGGGCGGAUGGAGCGCGAGCGCGAGCUGCACGAGCUUGUGGAGCGCACCAAGCUGGAUGCGCACAACUGGCAAUCAGCGUGCCUGGAAGAACGUGCGCGGCGCGAGGAUCUCGAGACGCAACUGUCCGACGCUCGCGAUGCAGCCGAACGCGCGCGCCAGGCCGAGACGCACCACCGCCUCAUCGCCGAGCGCGAAGCCGCCUCGGCCGCCAACCUCUCUGCCGUCCUCAGCGAAUUCGAGUCCUCGCAAGAAGCGGAGCUCUCACGAGCUCUCGGUGACCACCGUGCCCAACUCGAUACCCUCUCCACCUCUCUCGCCGAGUACAAAUCGCGUGCCGAGACGGCCGAGAGCAAGCUUUCCGAGAAUGCGGACUUGGCAUCACAGGCGGAGAGACUCAGUGCGCAGGUGAAGGAGAAGAAUCUGCUGAUCGGCAAGUUGCGUCACGAGGCGGUGAUUCUCAACGAACACCUUACCGAAGCGCUGCGUAGGCUGCGCAAUGACCAGAGCGAGACCAACGUGGACAAGCGGCUGGUGACGAAUCUGGUGAUCCAGUUCAUUACUACCCCGCGCACGGAUGGCAAGCGCUGGGAAAUGCUCAACCUCAUCGCAAGCGUUCUUGAUUGGUCCCACGACCAACGCCAACAAGCCGGCCUCUCCAAAGCCUCAUCCACAGCCACAGGGGCACAGAGACCUGCUUUGCGAAGCGCAAACACAAACGCUUCAGCGGCGAGUGUCGGUGCCGACGAGAGCUUUUCAAAUCUCUUUGUCGAGUUCUUGCUCUCGGAGGCUGAGAGUGGAAAGGAUAAGGACGGAUCGCAAGAGGCCGAGGGCCAAGUGCCAAAUAGGCUGCUCAGCCCGACGAGAUCCGACUUUGCCACUUCGCCAGAGCCACCUCAGGAUGCCCAGCAGCAGCAACAGCAGCAACAGCAAUCAUCCGGGUUGGGGUCGUAUUUCGGUCUUUCGCGCGGAGGCAAUCGCAAGUAG